AUGGCCUCUCAUUCUCCCAAGAGAAAAGGCCCUUAUCUUAAUGUACUAUCCCAACUCUCCCUCCUUGUAAUUAUCAUCUCCUUCGUCAACCCUUCACAUCAAGCAGAACACCAUUCUCCCCCUCUCCCCCCUCUAAACCCAAGGCUUUCCAAAGCUUACGUAGCACUCCAAGCAUGGAAACACAAAAUCACAUCAGAUCCUAAGAACUUCACCUUAAACUGGUGUGGCCCCAAUGUUUGCAGCUACACUGGGAUAUACUGUGCACCUGCCCCAGAUGACCCUCACAUCUAUACUGUUGCUGGAGUUGACCUAAACCAUGCAACCAUAUCUGGUUCCUUGCCAGAAGAACUAGGUCUCUUAACUGACCUAGCACUUUUCCACAUAAACUCCAACCGCUUCUGUGGCUCACUCCCCAAUAGCUUCAACCAGCUGAAUCUCCUCCAUGAACUAGACAUUAGUAACAACAAAUUCUCAGGACCAUUCCCCGAGGUUCUUCUCUGCAUCUCUUCGUUAAAAUACUUGGACAUCAGAUUCAAUGACUUCUAUGGCAACAUUCCCUCGCGCCUCUUCGACCUUAAACUCGAUGCCCUUUUCAUCAACAACAACAACUUCAAAUUCUCCCUACCUGAGAAUUUCGGGAACAGCCCUGUUUCUGUUGUUGUGUUUGCAAACAAUGACCUCAAGGGGUGUCUCCCUCCGAGUUUGACCAAAAUGAAGGGUACCCUUAACGAGAUUAUCAUCACCAACAGUGGUUUAACGGGUUGUUUGCCUAGUGAGAUAGGGGAUUUGGACAAAGUGACAGUGUUUGAUGUGAGCUUCAACAAACUGGUUGGAGAUUUGCCCGAGUCUUUGGGGAAAAUGAAGAAGUUGGAACAGUUGAAUGUGGCGCAUAACAUGUUUUCUGGCGCGAUUCCCGAGAGUGUGUGCAUGUUACCGAGGUUGGAGAAUUUCACAUAUUCGUAUAACUACUUCUGCAGUGAGUCACCAGUCUGUCACAAGUUGAAGGACAAGGAUGAUACCAAGAAUUGCAUUCCUUAUAGGCCAUUGCAAAGGACACCUGAUGAGUGUGCAGCUUUUUAUAAAUAUCCCGUUCAUUGUAGUGCCUUCGGUUGCACAAUGCUGCCGCCUCCACCACCUCCGCCGCCGCCACCUCCGCCUCCACCACCUCCUCCUCCUCCGCCACCGGCAACAUACUAA